AUGCUCUCCGAGUUAGAGGCUCUCCAUGAUAAUGGCACAUGGACUCUCACACGUCUUCCUGCUGGCAAGAAGCACAUUGGUUGUCGAUGGGUUUACAAGAUCAAACAUCAUUCUGAUGGUUCCAUCGAGCGUUGUAAGGCUCGUUUGGUGGCCAAAGUUUUUACCCAGAUGGAAGGUGUUGAUUAUCAGGACACUUUUUCUCCUACUGCCAAGAUCAUAACAGUUCGCUGCUUAAUUGCUUUAGUUUUUGCUCGACGAUGGCCCCUGUCUCAGUUAGAUGUCAACAAUGCCUUCUUGCAUAGGGAUCUUCAAGAAGAAAUUUACAUGAUACCUCCUCCGGGUCUUCGACGAUAG